AGAAAAUCAAAGACUAAAACAAUUCACCUGUGUAAACUACAGUAAUGCUUCUUUCAGCAAUAUUGAAAUGUGUUUUCCUUUUUCUCCCACUCGAUUAUAUUGCAACGGCAUAAACUUCACAUUUUGUUAAAUAAAGUUUUGAAGAGGGGAGAAAAAAAAACCGGUCGAGACGAUGACUGACUGAGAGUGGCUAGCUAUCUUUAGCAGUUUCUUCCCAGCGGCAACUACAGUUAAUAGACACGUUUAGACGCAUUAAUGUAGAAACUAUCAAAGACGUCAUAACACGCCUUUUCCUGUCAAUACGACACACAGAGGCGCCCAUAUAAACCACUCCACCCCCUCAGUGGCUCUUCAAAUGGAGCACCACCAUGUUCACUGUAUCUCCUGUGUUAAUCAAAGAUGCAUGGUCAGACCUGAACCAGGAGUUUCUUGUGAUCUAAUCGCAUGUCCAUUGGUGUGUGGGGCUGUGUUUCACUCCUGCAAAGUUGAUGAGCACCAACUUUUGUGCCCACUUACGAGGAUUCCAUGCCUUAAUAGUGGCUAUGGCUGCCCAGCCAUGCUGAUCCGUAACCAGAUGUCUGCACACCUGGAUGUCUGUCCAGCUGGAGCUGUCUCCUGCACAAUGGAGUGGAACAGGUGGCCUGUUAGCUGCUUGAACUACACCUCUUAUGAGAGCCUAAUUAGCCUGUUGGAAGAGAUGGAGCAGCUGGACAUGGCGCUUGCACUUCAGGACCAACAAACACUCCUUGAUUCGAUGAAGAUGAUUGCCAAGACUCCAUCUCCACAAGAAGAUCCAGCCACUAGAAAGGAGAUUAAAGCGAAACAUUUAGCUUCACAGCCGUCUGCUCUUGAAAUCUCAACCUCGCAGUUGUCCUCCUCGCAUCAAUCCCAGUCAGCCCCCAAAGCUUCAACAAAGGAGAAAAUUCUCAGUGGGAUUAACGGUUUGAAAGAGGAACACCUGAGUAAGUUGUAUGAGGCCACAGUUGAGACUGCAAGAAGCUUAGCUGCUGCUCUAGACUUUGUUAGCAAUGCCAGCUGUGGUGAAAGUAGCUCAGGAGGUGAGAAUGUAGGAGAUGUCUUGCUACAAAACAGUUUGGACAGUAAUAGAGACAUUCAGAAUGGACUGGAAGACAUAACCCCACAACAUGCUGAUGGUUUGCACAAAAGUAACAUAAAUGGGAACAGUUCUAGUCUGAGCCGCUUAGAUGAAAAUGGAGCUUUUGAAGGAAUCAGUAGGCAGAACAAAACCGCAGCCAAUGGACCAUCGGUGGAGGCAACAAAUGCUGAUACUUCACAAGAACCUGCGACCCCACAAAUUAUAUCCCCAGUCCAUGUGACCCAGGGUGUGGCACAGCGGGCUGACCAUGUAGUUCUGGACAAUAAAGGGCUAGUUCUUCCAGGAAGUCUUGGACCUGAGAGGAUGCUGCCCCUGAACCUCUUCUAUAAGGGCCAGGUUCAAUAUCCUCUAACUAAUGGACAAUUAGGUGCUAAAGCAGACAAGUCACCGUAUAGGCUGCGGGUAGAAAUGGAAGACAAAGCAGUUGAUACUUCAGACUUGGAGCAUGAUGAUCCUAUGGGCCUUGGGGAGAUUGAUGCAAUCCCACCAGCUCUACUCUUCUGUUUGGAAGAGUCCAGGGAGUGUAGAAGGAUCUCUGAUACGGUCUACAUUGAUGGUUACCGUGUUGAUCUCGGCACGCAGACUUUCACAUUUCCUGCGGCAGUCUUGGUGACUAAUACAAGAGUGGGCGACAUGGCCUCUGUUUCAGCCUGUGACCAUGCAGCACCACAGCUCGCCUACCCCAGCCCUCUUCGUACCCUUCGCCUCGGCCAGGUCCUCGAAGCUCUGGAUUCAGAGGCGGUCCCAUAUAAUCGUUACCUCCCACCUAACCCCCAACACCAGCACACCUUUCCUUUCUUAUGUGGUCAGUCAUUCAGGCGGGACCAGUUUUCGUCACAUUUCAGAAACAUCCACGGGGAGAUUCACGCUUGGCUCAGUGGCUGGAUAGAGCAACGCUGCCCCCUUGCAUAUUAUGGCUGUACAUUUUCCCAGCGGAGAUUUUACCCAUCUACUCGAGGAUCAAAGGUGGUUCACGAUAGGCAUCUUAAGGCAUUUGGGGUUCAGCCCUGCACCAGACUGCAACCUCCAACAGAUUCCCAGUCAGACCGGUUUAGUGGGCUCCCCAUUGAGAUACUGUGGCAUAUAGCUGGAUUCCUGGAUAGUUUUAGCCUGUGCCAGCUGUCCCUGGUGUCAAGGACUAUGAGGGAAGUGUGUGCCAGUCUCCUCCAGACCAGGGGCAUUGUAGAGCUGCAGUGGGAGCGAACAGAUUGUCCUAGUGGGAUCCGUAAUGUGUCGUGGCAGGUCAAAAAUAAGGUGUGGCGAUUCAGCACCGCUUUCACUCCUGUAUCCUCUUGGGGUUUCACUGAGGUCCCCAGCAUGUCGGUUCACCUUAAGAAGUGUCCUUUCAACGUAGUAGAGCAGAAGACAGAACCAAUACCUCUUCCUGCCAUGUGUACCGCACGAGAUGGACUGUCACUCCGCCGCGUCCUGCGUCAUGUCAACACUUGACCAAACAAGGCCGAUCUGCAUGAGAUUCACUGUAGCUUUAUGAGAAUGUGGCUAGUGAAGUAAAAUGGAUUCCGAUUAGUUUUGAUUAUAAAGAAGCCUUAAUGGGGAAAAAAAAGACUUCAGGUCUGUUAAUGGUUUUGAAUGUGUAAUGAAAAAGUGAGCAUUCACAAUUGCUUUGCAUGGAUUUGUGAUGAAAGUGCACCUAUAUUCUGCUAAGAAAACAUAUUUUGACAAAGAUAAUUGUGCACAACAGAUUUAUAUUCUCCUGAAGAUUAAAUAUUAUUCUGCCUUUCGUAUGUAUCUAUGGAAAACAAUACAUGUUAAAACUCCAUUAUUUCUGAAUAUUAUAAACCAUGCCAGCACUUUAUAUUUUAAUUCCUUCCAAACUGAACAGUGAACUUUGUCUGACGAGCUUCCGAUCAUUACUAAGGGUCAAGUUCAGUGUGCAUGUUAUGGUUAGGUUUAUCUGAAGUUUGGAUCACAGUUUGAUAUCACAAAAUGACUAAUGUACCUGAUUGCUGCAGUUUAAUAAAGUGUUUACUGACUUUUUA